AUUUAGAGUCAGUUCUAGCGAGCAGCUGGGAGAGUGCAGUCGAGAGAAUGGGCGACGAUCAGAAAGAGGAAGCUCCUGAGAUCUUACCGUUUCUAUCGAAGGGGCGGAAUCCACCUGGAGAUGCAGAGAAAAUAGAAGAGGAUGAUACCUCCUGUGGUUUCUGGGUGUUCAAGGGCCGCUUCCUGCAGAGAUUUGCCACGGAGAAAAUGUAUGUGAUUCUGUACGGCUUCGCCGGGUGUGUGAUGACAAUGACCUUUGCGUAUUUCAAUGGAACCAUAACGACCUUAGAGAAGCGCUAUAAAAUACCCACAAAGAUCUCCGGUAUUAUCUCAGUGGGCAACGAUAUCAGCACCAUGCUAACGGCCGCCGUCCUGGGCUACUAUGCGGGCAACGGCCAUCGACCACGCUGGAUGGGAAUUGGUCUGCUGACCAUUGUGGCCUUCUGUUUGCUGACUGGCUCCCUGCACUUCAUUUAUGGAGCCGGCGAGGACGCCCUGAAGCUAACCCGGGAGUACGGCGGUCAGGCUGAGGCCAAUGAAAGUUUUCACGACACGCAAAAUGACCAGAAACUGUGCCAGACAAGUGCGUCGGGCUGUGUCCAGGACGUGGGCGUGUGGGUGCCGCAGAUUUUUCUGUUUGGGGCACAGCUCAUUUCGGGAGUGGGCCAGGGCCUCUUCUACACUCUGGGCAUAGCCUACAUGGAUGACAACGGCACCAAGUCGAAGACCCCAGCGAUGCUGAGUCUGUCAACGUUCCUUCGGAUGUUGGGCCCCGCCAUCGGUUACUCCCUCGCUGCCGUCUGCCUGCGAAUGUACAUAGAACCCACAAUGGAGCCGCUGAUUUCUAGGGAGGAUCCGCGCUGGCUGGGAGCCUGGUGGCUGGGCUGGCUCAUCCUCUCGGGGCUGUCAUUGAUUGCUGCCAUGGUCUUGUUCAUGUUCCCCAAGGAGCUGCCCAGUUCCAGGCAGCGACGGCUGAAGAACAGACAGACCGACAGCAAAACUGAAACGAAUAUCAAGGAGCUUUCCUUUGCAGACAUGCUAAGGUCGAUUAAGAGACUGGCAGCCAACAAGGUGUACGUGUACAACACAAUGGCCUCCAUCCUCUACUUCUUCGGGUACAUGGCCUACUGGAUAUUCACGCCCAAGUAUAUCGAGACCCAGUACAGGCAGUCAGCGGCAAUGGCAACUAUGGCCACAGGAACCGUUGCGCUCGGGUUCUCCGCCGUUGGCGUCCUUCUCUCGGGAUAUGUGAUCUCCAAGUACAAGCCGAGCGCCCGGGCCAUGGCCUCCUGGAAUGCCGUUGUGGACUUCAUGACUGUCGCUGGUAUCCUGUGCUACGUGGCCAUCGGCUGCGAGGGCAGCGACAGUCUGAACUCCCUUGCCACACUGUCCGCCGGCAACAGCUGCAGUGCCUCCUGCCACUGCGACUACGUUCACUACGCUCCCGUGUGCGCUCCCGAGAACAUCACCUACAUAUCCGCCUGCCACGCAGGGUGCUCGGACAAAGCCAAGGAUGACCUGGGACGGACCACUUAUACAGGUUGCAAGUGCAUGGCCUCCUCGAACCUGUUAUCUGACCCUGAAACACAAUUCGCCUUGGACGGGGCCUGUCCGGUGGACUGCUUCAAUCAAUUCCUCAUCUUUCUGUCCGUGAUGUGCUUGCUGAAACUUGUGGGGGCUUCCAGUAAGUCAACCAAUCUGCUCAUUGCCCUGCGCUGCAUACCGCACGAGGACAAGACGUUCGCCUUGGGUCUGGGCUCCAUGGCCGCUUCCUUGCUGGGCUUCAUUCCAAGUCCCAUUUUCUUUGGCUGGCUCAUCGACAACUACUGCCUGGUUUGGGGCAAGACGUGCUCCAAUAAGGGCAACUGUUGGCUUUACGACACAAAAUCUUUGCGGUAUGCUCUGAAUCUCACUGCGGCAGCCUUCAUAUUUGUGGCCGGCUUCCUCAACAUCUCAGUUUGGUAUCAUGCCAAGAAUCUCAAGAUAUUCGACGAGGACGAGGCAGUGGAAAAAGAUUUAGAGCUAACCAAAACAAAAUCUCAAGAUAAAAAAUAAA